AUGCCGAAACUAUUUAAGGAAAAGAAAUCAUCAGGGGCAGUGUUCAGACAAAGACAAGCAGAAAAAGAGAAAGCUGGGAAGCGGAUAUGUGAAGCUUUAAAGGAGUACUUGACUUCUCACAAAAGGAGAAAGCAAGAUACUGCUGCAUCAGAACCAGUUUCCAAUGUUGCAAGCGAAUCCGUACAAAUCAAUAUCGAUGAAUCUUCAACAUCAUCAUUAAAACAGCCCAUCACAGUCCAAGAGGUUGUUAAUGUAGAUGAUGCAAAUACUGGACAAAUACCAGAACAACAAGAUGAUGAGCAACCUUCCACAUCAUCAUACUCUGUCUACCUUAAAAAGACAAUUGACCCAGAAGGAUCAAAUGAUGAAGAAGAGGAAAGAGAGGAACUGCAGCAGGAGGAACAAUCUACUUCUUUGGCAAUACUGGAUUUGUCUGAUCCAGCUAAUUGGCCAGCUGUUCUCACCACCUCACUAAGGGAUGCUCUUGUGAGGAAAGGUCCUGCAAAGCAAAAAACUAACUUCAUUUUCCCCAAAGAUGCAGCGAAUAGAUGUUUCACUAAAGCAAAUUACAAGUGA